ACACACACACACACACACACACAUAUCUAUGGGCUCUGUUAUUUUGGCUUCCUUUCUGCUUGUAACCGACGCUUCGCUAUAUCUCCGACUUCCUCUAUAUUUAGCGAAGAAUUUAUCAAAGCAGAUUCGAAAUUCGAAGCAUUAGCUCGUCUGAUUUUGUUCAAUUUCGGCUUCUUGAUCUGCAAUUUCCUCGUUUGAAGGAUCUACAAUUUGUUGAAUUAACGAAAAAAAAAAACGAGGACUAAAUCAAUAGAGAUUCGAAAUUCAAAGCAUUCGAUCAUCUGGUUUUGUUCAAAUUUGGCUUUUUGUCUACGAAAAAGGAAAUUUGUGUUUUAACGCGAUUGUGAAUUAAGGUUUUGGUUUUGGAUAUAUAUUGAAUGAGGAUAAGAGGUGAAAUUGCGUAUGAAGACGAAGGGGAGGGAGAGUACGAAGAGAUGGUGGGUGCACAGAAAUAUUCCUUAGUGGCAGAGUUUCCUCUGUCGAGGAAGCUUGUGGUUGUUGGUUACGCUCUUACGUCGAAGAAGAUUAAGAGCUUUCUGCAGCCCAAGCUUGAAGGUUUAGCUAGGAGUAAUGGGAUACUAUUUGUUGCUAUUGAUCAAAGCAGGCCCCUCUCUGAUCAAGGUCCUUUCGACAUUGUGUUGCAUAAGUUAUUAGGAAAGGAGUGGCGGUGUGUUCUCGAGGAUUACCGGCAAACACAUCCAGAAGUCAAAGUUCUUGAUCCUCCAGAUGCCAUACAGCAUGUACACAAUCGCCAGUCCAUGCUUCAGGAUGUUGCUGACUUAAACAUGUCUGAUGCCUAUGGCAAAGUUUAUGUUCCAAGGCAAUUGGUAAUCAAAAAAGAUCCAUCGUCUAUCCCUGAUGCUGUUACUAAAGCUGGGCUGAUACUGCCUCUUGUUGCAAAGCCUUUGGUCGCAAAGUCACAUGAGCUAUCAUUGGCUUAUGAUCAAUACUCUCUCCAGAACCUCGAACCCCCACUUGUUCUACAGGAGUUUAUUAAUCAUGGAGGUGUUCUCUUUAAAGUUUAUGUUGUUGGAGAAGCAAUUAAGGUUGUGAGGCGUUUCUCUUUACCCGACGUUAGUAAAUGCGAGCUUUCCCAAAAUGCUGGUGUAUUUCGCUUUCCAAGGGUUUCUUGUGCUGCUGCAUCUGCAGAUGAUGCAGACUUGGACCCCUGUAUUGCUGAGCUUCCUCCACGACCUUUACUUGAGAGACUGGCCAGAGAACUUCGUCGUCGACUGGGUCUUCAUCUUUUCAACUUAGAUAUGAUUCGAGAGCAUGGAACCCGAGACCACUAUUAUGUCAUAGACAUCAACUAUUUUCCUGGGUAUGGGAAAAUGCCAGAAUAUGAGCACAUAUUUACUGACUUUCUCCUGAACCUGGUUAAAGGCAAGUAGAAGCGCCCAUCUUGUAAAUGCUGAAGAGAUUAAGGGAUAUGCGAUGUGGAAGAUAAACUUUAUAUUUUUAUUCCACCGAAACAAGUUCAUACAGAUGAAUCUAUGCAUCAUAUGGGGGCUUUGAAUAAUUGUGGAAGUGCAAGUAAGACCCAAUACUGCUGGCCAUGGGAAAACUCGGCCACUUUUGAAGCAACCAGGGUGUGAACAGUUUCACCUAGGCUUCCAGUUUCAUUUCAACUGUCUUGUAUAUUUUUUAUAUUUGGUUCUUUUGGUUUUCUACAUUUCAUUGUAUGCUGUAAAUAGUUGAUGGAAUCACACAGCUGGCUGUUGUAGGCGUUUGAUUUGUGUGGCCGAUUUCCCUCUAACUUGUACAUAAAAGCCACAGGCUGUGCAAGACACCUUGUACAUCUUGUGUGGUUGAUCUUGUACAUUCUUUGCUAGUGUUUGAAGGCCUGCAUGUCAUCCUUGUCGAUCAUUUGGUUUUUGUUCUUGUUGGUAUUGAUGCUGCACUAUGGAACAUUGUUCCUCAAAACGAUGAUGACUUGCGCCAUAUGAUAUAGAAGCUGAA